GUGUUGCACACCGUGGCAGCCAUGAACAAUCUAUCAGACUUUAGCCCUGGUGGAAGUAGCCUUGGUUCAUUGAGUUUAGAUCUUGGAGAUCUCUCUAUAGAUAAUACAAGUUCUCCUAAACCGUCCUCACUUAAUGAGCAUGGUAGCAAUGCAAACUCAUCAAAUAUUUCAAGCUGUGACUCCAAUAUAAGCAUAGCUUACUCAUUAUCAUUUGAAGAAUUUGAGCUUAGACCUGCGGCAUACAGUGUAAAUUCUAAACGGAAACUUCGAACAGCCCCCAAGUUGUCGGUUGAUUCUCUUAGGAGAUCAGGAUAUUCUCCUCUUGCAACCAAUAUCCUAAAUGUAAACAACUCCGGUCUCAAGCAGAAAAGAUUUAGCGAGUUUUUCAGAUCUGAGAUGUCUAGUUUAAACCUUGGUGAGGGGAAUGACUCUUUUUCAGACAAAGAUAGCUUCAAAAAUCUUUCAUUGGAUUCAGAUAAAGACGAUAGUUUUAAAAACCUAUCCACUUUGGAUUCAGAUAAAGAGAAUCUCUCGAAUCUCUCUAUUGAUGAUAAGUCUGUUCCAUCUAACAAAGUACUCUCCUCUUCCCGUUAUAGUGAACAUUUUAGAAGUGAGGUUUCUCAUUUGCACUUGUCAUCUCCGGAUAUAAGUUUUGACCUCCCAGAAUCUCCUAAGAACAGUAAUUUGUCACUUGUCCUUACAGAUAGCUCCAGAGAGAACUCUAUUGUUAAAAAGUCACCUGAAAAACCCCCAUCUGAGGAAAUUUUGUGCCGCAAACCAAGAAGUUACAGUGAACAUUUCAGAAAUGAAGUCUCUCAGCUGGACUUAUCGUCCCCUGACAUAAGCUUCGAUCUACCAGAGUCUCCUAAAAACAAAAACUUGUCACUUGAGUUCACAGAGAGUUCAAGAGAGAACUCCUUCAGCAAACCAAAUCAAAUAAACACAGAAAAUGUUAGAAGAAAAAAAGAGAGUGAUGAAGACGGUUUUGAUCUUGCAGCCCCAGCCAGAAGAGGUGGGAGAAAGAACAUGUUAGAAUCUUCAGACGAAGAGGAAGAAGCUGAUGUAUCAACUGUAUCAGAAAUCAACGAGUCUUAUCCCGAGGAAAUUAGAGCCAACAACUACAUUUUAUCAGAUGAUGAGGAAUAUGAAAAUAGCUUUAUAGAUGAUGAAGCUUUAGAAGGAGACGAAACUGGCAGUGAAGAUGGAGGUGUUCUAACUUCUGAUUCCUCUGCAAGUGACGAUGGUGGUGCAUUCAAAGGUGUCCAGACACCAGACUCUUCUUCAGAUGACGAUUAUGAGACACCAGGUCAACCAAAUGUUGCAAUUAAGGAAACUCCAUUUUUUACUACCCGGACGGAUAUUAAGAUGCCUAACCAUAAUCCAACUAAUUUGUAUAAAACACCAACUUCUUUCUGUCACAGCCCGAGUACGCCUGCUGCUAAAAAUGUUCGACGCCGCACUUGCCUGGCCAUGCCCCUCUCAGUAAAAACAAAGACAGGAACCCCAGGUCAACCCAACAGAACCUACAACAGGAACCUUCUUACUGCAGCACGUGAACUGUUCCAACAGUUUAACGAGUUUGUCUUUAAUAAUGAGCUCCCUUCUGAUCUGGAGAUAAAGGUCAACAAAAGAUUGAACACGACAGCUGGACGGUGUGUAUACAUGCGUAAAGGUGAACAGUAUAAAUCACACAUAGAGCUAUCCCCCAAAGUAGUGGACUGUUUAGAGAGAUUGAAGGAAACUCUGGCGCACGAGCUGUGUCAUGCUGCAACUUUCAUCAUCGACAAGAAGAUGGAUAACCACGGCCCUCUGUGGAAGCGGUGGGCGCGGCGCGUGAACACCAAAUACCCGGAACUACCGCCAGUGUCGCGCUGUCACUCCUACCAGAUACAGUACAAGUAUAACUACAAGUGUAGUGAGGGGUGGUGUAAUUACACUAUUGGGAGGCAUAGUAAGAGUGUGGAUCUGGACAGAGCGAGGUGCCCUCUCUGUUACAGCAGAUUGACAUUACCAAAUACAAGUCAGACUCCAGGCAAGACCCCUAAUAAGUGGACAGAGUUUGUUAAAACUCGUUUUAGCCAGGUUAAAGAGAAUCAACCUCCUCGGACCCCUCAUAAAGACCUCAUGAAGAUUCUUAGCGCCGAGUUCAAGGAUCUGAAAACACAAAAUACUAUUUAAAUUGAGUUUGCUAAUGUUCUAUAGUACAUUUGAGAGUUGGCUAAAUGUUUUAAAGCUUUACUAGAAUUUCUACAUGGUUUGACUAUCAUGUAUAUUUCGUUUUGAAUACAUAACGUUUUUUAACGCUUCAAGUUAAAUUAUAUUGUUUACAAUUUAUCAUUCUUUAUAAUUUACUUUUAGGAAUUUUAGAUUUGAAAUGAGGUUUUUUGAUAUAUUUCAUCAUGCAAUGCUUAUUGAAUAUAUUCACUUAGUUUUAUUCAAACGUUGUGAACAACAUAAAUACAUAUAAAAGCUUGAUCAUACUAUCUUAUCAUAUUAUGUAAUAACCUACUAUCUAUCGACCUCAUAUUAAGAUAUUAAACCGAAUAGUAAUAAAUGUUGAGACAAUCAACAAUCCAUUAUAAGGGCACAAAUUGCAUUAGUUACAGUUAUUUCAAUCAUCGUGUUAUGUGAGAUUCUGUUUAUAAUAAUACCUAUUACCUCAUUUUACAUAUGAUAUCAUUUUACCUAUACAUAUAAGUUGUGAUUAGUUUACCUGCACAAUCUACGUAGCCGGCAGCGCAAGAUAAUAUGAACGUAAGUGCCAGCUGAAACCUGUGUUAAGAAAUCUAAGAAUCUAGACUUUUAACCGUUCUUAAGUCCCUAUCAACUUGGUACUCUCCCUCCCUUUCUUCUAAAUACCAUCUAAAUACCGAUCAUGGCAGACGCUCCAAAGAAAACCUCUCCCCUUGACGAACCUCUCAAACCACGUACAGGAAUAGCAGCCGCCCGUUCAACUACACUCUUCCGCUUCACUAACUUUGAGCUGUACGCGCGCCCCAACAAGUUUAUCAUGAUUGUUGGCGCGACUACGUUUGUUUGCUGUUGUACCUAUUUAUAUCAGUGGAGGAAAUAUACACCAAAGACAGGGAUGAUUCAGACUUCAGAGGAUGGGGCGUAUUCUUAUGAGAAGAAGAGCAAAUGGGACUCGUGAACAUAUUCUCAGUGAUCAGAAUAAUAUUUACCUGGUUGCUUUGGUUCUGAUAGAUGGAGUGGUUACUUUGGUUGAGAGUAAGAUGAAGCUCUGUGAGAUUCAGUUGUUGACACUUAGUUGAGAGUUGCACUUGGUUAAAUGUUGACAAGAUAAGAAUCUCGAAAGUUGACUUGUGAUAAAUUGUGCAAUCUGA